AUGGGCAUUUCCAGAGAUAGUAGAGAUAAAAGGCUUGCAACUGGCGGCAAGAGGAAGACAUGCAUCAAGAAGAGAAAGUAUGAGCUCGGUCGCCAGCCAGCUAACACCAAGCUAUCAAGCAACAAAACAGUGCGGAGUAUUCGUGUUAGAGGUGGCAAUUUGAAAUGUAGAGCUUUGAGGUUGGAUACUGGAAACAUCUCAUGGGGAAGUGAGGCUGUCACUCGGAAAUCCCGUUUGCUAAAUGUGGUUUACAAUGCUUCCAACAACGAGCUUGUGCGAACUCAGACUCUUGUUAAGAGCGCUAUUGUGCAGGUCGAUGCUGCUCCGUUCAAGCAGUGGUACCUUCAACACUAUGGUGUUGAAAUUGGUAACAAAAAGAAAACUGCUGCCAAACAGGACUCUGCAAAGGAGGCUGAAGCUGCUACAGAAGAAACCAAAAAGAGUAACCAUGUGCUGAGGAAAUUGGAGAAUCGCGAGAAAGAUCGCCAGCUCGAUGCUCACAUUGAAGAGCAGUUUGGUGGUGGACGAUUACUUGCGUGCAUUUCUUCUCGACCUGGUCAAUGUGGCAGGGCUGAUGGCUACAUUUUGGAAGGUAAGGAGUUGGAAUUCUACAUGAAGAAACUCCAGAGAAAGAAGGGCAAGAGUGCCGCUUGA